CAUACAUUCCCUAUGGUUACACAAGCAUUCCUUUCGUUUUCAUUCUGGUAUCAUUUUGGGGUCCUUUCAACUGUCACUGCAUUCCGCUUUUACUCAAUACCAACGCACUAUACGAACUUUGAGAUGAUAUCGAUACCUGGUCUACGUGCUUGAUCACACCACCCUACUUGUGCUGAUACGCUAAGAUGAGGAGACGUAAUAAUGUACCGCUGAGAAUUUUACAAGCUGUCGGCCUUGCCGCUGUAACGACAUGCCUGGUUGCUUUGUAUCUCCGCCAAGAGAAAAUAUCCGCGAUUGACUCCGCAUCAAACCGGCAUAACCCGCAUAGAAAAGGUGUCUUGGCAAAGUCACCGGCGAAGUCGUUGGUCGCUGCACACCAGCCAUCCCUGCCGCCUCUGCCGGAGCCAUGGGGCUCGCACCACAUGUACACCCGUCCAGGGGAGUACCAAGCUUGCCCCAGCGAGUUGAUAGAGGGCUCCUGGAGGUCCCCUCGCUCCAUGGGCAACGCCGCCCUCCCGUUCACCCUUGAGGCCCAGCGUGAAAUCUACGCCAACCAGCACCCCAAGGACUGCUCCAAAGCCAAGUACCUGCUGUACCACGUGCAGCCCAACGGCAUCGGCGCCGUCUUCCAUGUCACCGGCGUGGCUCUGGAGUUGGCGUUAGACCUGGGCCGCGUCUUCGUGGAGGCGCCCGGCAGCUUCCUGGCCUCCAGCCCCGAGUGUGGCGGCAACAACACGCUGGACAGCUGCUACUUCCUGCCCUUCGCCGGCUGCAAGCCCAGCGUGGAGCAGGUGCGCGCCGCGCAGGCCGUGUACACGCUGGAGGAUGCGGAGCGGCACAAGGACGCGGCGGUGCUGGUUGCCAACCACAAUGCGCUGAUGGGGGUGCGCGGCCGGCCGCCCAAGCGCUUCGCGGCGCGGCUGGCGGCCACGCCCAUGCACCCCGAGAAGCUGUACUACUGGUGGCGCGCGCAGUCGGUGGCGUACAUGCUGCGACCCAAGCCGGAGACGCUUGCGGAGCUGGCGCGGCGCAGGGCGAAGACGCUGGCAGGCCCCGCACCCGCACCCGGCUGCAUCAGCGUGCACGUGCGGCACGGCGACAAGGGCGUGGAGGCGCCCACAUUUGAAGACAAGGAGUACGACAAGGCGGCUGCCAAGCUCAUGUCGCUGGACCCACAGCGCUUCACCAACCAGAUCUUCGUGAGCACGGAGGACCCCGACACCAUCUCCUACUUUGCCAACGCCACCGGGCCCGACGGCAAGCAGCGCUGGCGCACCGGCUACACAGCGGGCGUGCCGCGGAAACCCGACAGGAGCCGGCCCAACCUGUCGUACAUGGCCGAGAUCGGGUACUACAACGAGAUGCUGAACUCGCUGCUCAACCUGGACCUGGCGCUCGAGUGCACCGGCUUCGUGGGCUCCAUCUAUUCAAACUGGGUCAGGCUGAUCGACGAGUUGCGGUCCACACUGCGCUGCAAAGCUGACGCCGUGUUCACGGACGUGCACGACGAGAACCCGCACCAGAUGGGGCUGAACUGGUAGAGUGGAGUGCAGGCUAGGUGUGCGGGGGCGAGGUGGGGGUGCAUAACUGCCUUAACUGGCUGUAGCCCCUGAUGGCGAAAGACGAACGGUCACGUGCGGGAAGACCGUGUAGUUACCGUAGCACAUUGCCGCGCCAUGCGGGAGAGCGGGGUUAUUGUAUACAGGAUGUGACCGGGGCUGUGCUGCGACUUGUGCGCUCUAUGAGGGGUGUGGCUUGUAGCGUGGCUUGCGAGAGGGACUGCAGUGAUACUGCUCUCGUGAUGAGGUUAGCUAGGCCUUAGGUAGACAGGUUGCGCGCUGUGGGGUAGGACGUGAAACAGCAUGGACCGUGCUUUCGGAUGCUGCGUGCCAGCGGCUGCUACAUGACACCGCAUGGUAGGCUGCUUUGGGGGGAGGCGACCCAUAUGUGAGCAGCCGCAGAGCGUUGACCUGGACUCCUGUUAACACGGCAGCCGCACCUGCACCGCGAUUUCCUGGAGGACUUGUGCAGGGGGCGGCUGGAGGCUGGGUGCCCCUGACCGCCAGGACUUUGCGCGAAUGCGUUACUCGACGGUUACCGGUAUCCCGUAUCCGGGUUGGAGUGCUUUUGUAAGCCGCUAAUGGCAGGUCUUUGCCUUUCUUAAUGCUUUUCAUGUUAUGCUUGGCGCUUUUUAUGUGAUGCUUGUCUCCAGGAGGUGG